AUGGCGUUAGGGAAGCUUUCAGAACAGCUCAGCUUUGGUUCAACACCCUGGAUGAGGCCCACCUUGUCCAGCCUCCUGUUCUCACACUGGCUAGAUGCCUGUGGGAAACGCACAGGUCAGAUUCGAACACAAGCCCUCUCCCUUCUUGCGGCUUCCAGGAAUGGCUAUUUGGAAGCAUAUACUGUUCCCAACUGUGGAGACAGAGCAGAGCUGUCCUGGCUAGUAGUCACUGAUGGUCUCCUUUGCCCAAUCCUCUUUGGAAGCCGUCUCACUUGGUGGCAUCCCUGCCUCCUGGGGGAGGGAGUUCCACAGGUGAACUGUGCACUGUAUGAAGAAGGACUUUCUUUGGUCUGUCCAGAAUCUUCCCAGAUGCCACGGCUAGUUCAGGACACAGACCCUGACUUUAAGGAGCCCAGAAGAGUUUCCUGCAGCCGUCUUGCGCUGAUGACUUCAACACACCCUGUUUUGAUGAGCUUCACAUCCUCCCCUUUGUCUGCCCUUCCUGUGCUCCUCCUGAGAGUGCCCCAAAGGAGGCAGAGCGGGGGGGGGGGGGUUGGUGGGGGUCCAGAGCCUGCAAGAGCGCUUUGGCCCCGCGCCACCAGGAAGGAAGGCUGCUGA